GUCAAUGACAUGUCAUGAUACAUUUUGUGUGUUUUCUCUCUCGAUGAGAAUGAAAUAUAUCUUGAAUGCUACGAUUACUUCAUGUUAUUGAAUUGUUCUUAUGUUAAUUAUAGAAACAAAAAAUUAUACCGGUAGCUAGCUGUCAAAAUGUUGCCCAGCAUGAAAAAGGCCUGGGGCGGCUGGGCCACCGCGUCACCUGCCUAUCCGCAGCUUGCGGCAAUUCUGUACGAUGAAAAAGCAGUUGCGGUAGCAGUAGAGAAAUGGAUCGAUGCAAAAAAACAAGCUUCGGCAACCAACAGGGAAUGGGCCAAAGUUGAGAAGAAUAAACUUCUGAAGGACAUGUUUACUUCCUUAGAAGAGGCCAAUGACCUGGAUAUGAAGGUUCACGCUAAUUUUUUGGAGAAGCACAACCAUUACCGGAAGAUCUUUAAGGACAUCCGACAGGACAAGAUAAUGUUCGAUGACAUGAAGAAGCAGACAGAACAGUUAGAAAACAAGGUCCACAAGAUGUUCAAAAGUUAUGAAAGCGUACAGCGAAAGAGAAAUGAUCCAAGCCGGGCGACCAUGGCUCAUGAAGAACUCAAGAAGGCCCUAAAGGCCAAGGAGGAGUUCCAUGAUGCCCUUGACAACAGACUGGAUGAAAUAAAUUUACAAACAUUACAACGAGUCCGUGAAGGCCUGCUGGAGUUGAUGGACGAAUCCGCUGACUUGCAUCGGAAGAUGCUCAUCUCACUCGACGAACAACGCAAACUGGUCAAUCUCUACUUGCCUGAUGAGUGUAUCACUGAACUUCCCAAUCUCACCAAAGCGCAGGUCUCCGCUGAUAAGAUCCUUUCUAAUUUGACGGAUGAGCUACAGAUACCACGUCCGUUGAGUCGUGGUGACAUCUAUGCUGGAGUGUCCUUUCAGGCAUUUCGCUACAUUCCCGAUAAAGAGCUCGUGUUGUCUCCAUCUGUCACCAUAGGUGGCGACGUUGUCAACAUUCAACGAACCAGGAGUAGCACUGCGGUUGACAACUCCCGCCAAAAUCAAAUUGGAAGAGGCAAAAACAUAGCCUGUCGACUGUUAAGUGAGGGGGAAAGUGCCCCACACCACUUGAAGCCCUUGCCUGCACCCCGUCCAGCACAUUCACUCACAGAUCUCCGCAACGUUGGAAUAGAUCACCGCAACAAUGAAAUAGAUGACCGCAACGAUGGAAUAGAUCACCGCAACAUACAAACAGAUCUCCGUGACGAACCAGAAACAUACGCAAUAGCGCGGUAUGAUUCUGACGAGGAUUAUGAAUUAUUUGCUGAAUCUUCUGCAUAUCUGUCCCUAAUCAAUGAAGAAGAAAUGAAUACUCCUAGCGAUGCCAGUGACCUCUACGAAAAGCUAUCCGACUGGUUGAGUAAGCAAAGCCCUCGUUCGUCCUUUAACAAAGAUGAAGAACCACCUCCAGUGCCAAAGCGCCUCAACUUGAGGGGGAAGCCACCGAAACCACCAGUCAAACCAAAAGAUAUACACAAGAGGUUUGAAAUGUCUCGACAAAGAUCUCAAAGCACUGGGACGUUAGAUUCUAGGAGUACGGAUGGAUGAAUAUCCCCAGAAUCACCUUAUUCAUGAUAAUAUAUUUAAGGUUUUAAAUAGUGUGACUGCUUGUACCCUCAGGUCAUGGGUUCAAUUUCUUUAAUUCAUCAGGACCAUUGUAUUAUCAGAUAUAUUACUAUAGUCAUUUAAAAUGACUGAUUACAAAAAUUUAUCACGAGAACUUACAUAUUUUUGUUUUUGGCUCUUUAAAGGCAUAAAAGAAGUAAAACAUUAACUUGAAGUUAAUUUAAACUUGUUUUCACUCAGAUUGGCUUAAUUCGAGAGAUAACGCCAAGUUGAAUUUAAUGAGAGUUUAGGUUUUGAGCAUUCAGUGCUUGGUGUCAGUGAUCACUGCUGGUUCUUGUGAAGAAUGUUUAUGAUUCUAGUCAUUAGGGGACUGUUGCAAAGUAUGUUAUAUUAUUCUUUUACCCGGUAUGUCAAAUCUAUUUGCAACAUAAUCAUAUGCUUUAUAUAUUUAAUUUGGUGGCUAUUUUUAUGUGACGAUAAACCAUAUGCCGUAUGCUAUUUUUACGAGAUUUUUAGUUGCACAAGCGCAGAUAUGCGAAAUGAGACUUGGCUUUUUUUAUCAAUGAGGAAUUUUAUAGAGUGCGUGUGGCGAUUAAAAUGAAAUCGUAAUCACAUUUUUUACAAGAUAAAAAAUUGCUCUAUUUAUUUUUCAAAGACCUUGGUGCAAUUCAAAAUAUGAUAAUCAUUUUUACAGUAAUAUGGAACCAUAUUGAACAGAGAAAAAAUACUACACUUAUUUCUACUGUACAAGCAGUGAAAUUGCCCUGUUGGCCUCAUCCAUUUUGUAUACAAAGCAUGUUUUUUGUAUCGAGCUGAUUUCAACACGGUAUGCAAAUGCCAGGUUGCAAAUUUCCGUGACAUGCAUGGCUUCCAAAAUUUCCGUGGAAAUAGCCUGUUUGAAUUUCUCUGCGGUCAGGUAAGAAUAGCCACAGUGUAUAUUUUAUGUAUAUAUAUCAUAUUUUGAUAUAUAUCAUAAGUUUUAAAUACAUAUCUGCUUAUUGUACUCAUGAUAACUUUAGUUCUUGACCAAACUUUGGGUGUUGGUGAACAAAGUAAUGUUAUUAAAUAGCCCAUUUUUGUGCCAAAGGUAUUAAAGUUAUACAUGUAUGUGUUUAUUUCAGUGUCACCUGUAUACAAUAGCCAGCCUAUAAAGGCUUAUGAGACUGAUGUUAUAUACAAUGUAUUUACUGAUGUUAUAUACGAUGUAUUUACUGACGUUAUAUAUGAUGUAUUUACUGAUGUUAUAUACGAUGUAUUUACUGAUGUUAUAUACGAUGUAUUUACUGAUGUUAUAUACAAUGUAUUUACUGAUGUUAUAUACAAUGUAUUUACUGAUGUUAUAUACAAUGUAUUUACUGAUGUUAUAUACAAUGUAUUUACUGAUGUUGUAUUUCCAGUUCAUGAUCUCUUUUUAUUAAUCCUCAUCCUUACACUACCAUAUAAUUCCAAUUUCACUACUGUGUGAAACUACAUUCAUGUAUCACAGACUUUGAGGUUAAUUGCAAUGAGGAACCGGCGCGAUUUAUCCGCCGCGUGGCGCUGCAAUCGAUCAUACCAAAACUCUCCAUUACCAAUGCAUUAUCAUGUUAUUUCUGAGCCCGAAAACGAUCGCUUAUUUUUGACCGAUUUCGGCGACGUUUGCAUCUUCCUGUUUUAAAUCUAUUGAGCUAUCAGUUUCUUAAGAUAAUUUUGCGGAAAAUAUGCGCGAUGCCAGUUAUUGGGCACGUUUUCUGUUGUUGAAAUCCUGUGCAAAAAUGUACGCAAUGGUUUCCCGUGAUUGACCUCGUGUGACGUCAACAGACCAGAAAAUGACGUCAUGGCGUCAGAAGGUACGAUCGAUUGUGGCGCCGCCACUGGUAUUUAUCUUAACGCCGGUUCCUCAUUGCUGAGUGUAUAACUUGCAUCGAAAUUAUACUCCAAUGUUUGUGAAGGCUGCAUAGUUUCCACAAUCACAUCAGCUUUCCCCGUUGCAACAACUUCUCUUUAUCUUGUAACACAUGAUAAAGAGCAUAUUUUGUACAUUGACAACAAUUUAUUUCUAUUUAUUUCAAUUUAUUCGAAAUGAUCUUUUGAUAAUAUUAACAGG